AUGAAGCCACGGGGCACAUCGGAGAAAUGGCACAUUCUAGCGCAUGUCGACCCUCAAUAUGAUUGGCAGAACCACUGGAAGGAUCAGCUCGCCAACAUACAAGCUGCGUUCAACGAAGCCAAGAGGCUCGGCAUCAAGCCCAAAAACGUCAAGCUGGUGCUCGACAAGGGCGAUGUGGAAAAUGACCCUAACAAGGACAUGCUAUUCUCCAGCUCGAAGAAAACAUGGGCUCAAAUGCUCUACUACUUCUACGACUUCAUGGAACAGGAGUUGAGCGCGAUGAUGAGCCCGGACAAAGUCAAUUAUGCAUUGCACGGUAUCUCGGAGCGUGGCGAGGCAGACUUCAACCAGCCACCGCUAAGCACCAUGGUGAUAUUUGGGGAUAGCGUCAUCACAGCAGAGGAUCUAGUGGUUUAG